AGCUUACCUAUUGGGCAUGCCCACCUGGCCACCGACGUUUAACACCUUUUGUUGCCUGAAAAGCUUUCGCUUGGCAUGGAAUGCACACCUUUGAUUGGUCUGAUCUAGGCUAUAUGGCUGAAUAUAAACCCAAAGGUUACACACUGAUUCAGUCCACUUUUUGACGAGGUUCAAACUUGUGACACUGCUUCUGCCGUUGUUUGUUGGAUCCACCACGUCAUGGAACAGACAUACAGACCACCAGUUCUGAAAAAGGAAUCCACCUGGACACCACAGAGGAAAUACAAACGCUAUUCAAAGAAGUAUAGCACCUAUCUUGGUUUAAUUGCGCAUGUCAUUCAAAACUCUCCGAACAAGAUGCUGACAUUUGGACAGCUGAUGGAGAGUUUGACCGCAUUUGUCUCCGGUGAAAGAAAGGGUCUGGAAAAUAACGUCCGUGUUUGUUUGUCAUCCAACGACUGCUUUGUGAAGGUUCCGGUGAACCCCGAGUACCCAAAUGCAAGACGGAACUACUGGAAAGUCGACGAAAGUCGGAUCACGCCAAAGAUGCUUCGCCGCCAUUUCAGCGGUACGCGGGAUAUUUGGACAGGAUUGUCUUCCAGAAUUCGAGCCGAGUCAGAUGCCGUGGAGACCAGAGUCAAGUCGACAGAAACGCCACCUGUGUUGGAGGACAAACGCUCUGCAAAGUUCAACAGCUCGUUUUCUAUUGAAUCGCUUCUUAGGAAAGACCCUGAAAUUCGCUCUACGAGCACUCUAGACACUGAUGCAACCGAAGAUGUCAACUUUUUACGCAAGGGAUGUGUCUAUUCUCCGAAAGAGAAGUUUGGAUGGGGUAUCAAACCCACGGCUUCAUUUGGAGACUUUCCAGAGAAUGACAUUCACAGCUACCCACAGUGUGGUUGUCUGACGUACCACGACCCAUAUGACACGAAACGUGAUGUAUACACGCCGGACGCCGACAAACUCUGCAAAAGGGCGCGCCUGUCUCCUCCUAUCGUUGUGUAUCCCACGGCAGGUAUAUCUCCCUAUUUUAAUCACGAGCACAUGUUUGCCCUGAAGAGAUGGUCUCUCAGUGCGAAUACAUUUGAUUCCAGGAAUUUUUGAUUGAGCUUUGUUUCAAUGUAUAACAAUGCACUCCGUAGCAAAUUAAUUUCUAGGUCCAAUGCUACGACAUCCAGUUCAAAUGCGUGACCAUAACUUUAUUAUACUCGAAUUUAGCUUGAAUGAAUGCCUUACAAGUUUUUUUUGUGUGUGUGAUUUUGUCGCAACGAAAUGUACCCCUUCUAUCGUCGUACUGCCGUUUGUCUUGGUCAUUGAUUUUUAGUUAUUCAUAUUUCAAAAUGUUGGAGAUCAAAUGCUGGGUCCCACAAUACAGAACAAGAACAUUUAGGAAAAUUACUCGUUGCAUGGUGCUGAUCAAGUAAAAUAGUAAGAACAGUUAGAUGUACACGAUGAACACUCCAUACAUAUCUCGGAGCCCUGUGUUUUUGCACGGCAAAUUAAUCUAAAUGAUGCAAGACCUUGUGUGGUACCAAGAGGGGACUGGGUAAGAUGACUCUUUUUAACAGGCCAUUUCAAAUUGUAUUUGUGUCUGCAUGCUCUUGACACUCAUUACUGUUCUUCAGUGAAUGAAUGA